AUGACGUUUAUUAAUUGCCUUAUGAGAAUGAGGUGUAAUCUCUUUGAGUGCUGCUGCAUUAGCACUUCUGACGCAUUUCCAAAGCAGAGUAAAUGGAAAAUCUUGCCCUACAAGAAACUUGCAAAAGUCACAGAUAACUUCAAUCAAUCUCAUUGUCUUGGAAAAAGAGGCUUUGCCACUGAGUAUUACGGAAAACUUGAGGAUGGGCGCGAGAUUACAGUCCAGUGCUUCAACGAAGACAAGCAUCAUACAUUGCAACAAUUUAUCAAUGAAACUUCUAUUCUAAAUUACUUGCCUCACAAAAAUAUUGUGUCAAUUUAUGGGUAUGCUUCUCACAAUGAACAAUCCCUGCUAGUCCAUGAAUACAUAUCCAAUGGCAAUCUUGCUGCUCAUCUUAAAAGUGAAGAUGGAAACAGCACACAAUCUUGGCUGACACGAUUAGAUGUAGCCAUUGACAUUGCAAAUGCAGUGGACUAUCUUCACUAUUAUGGCAUCAUCCACCGCAAUGUAAAAUCCAGCAAUAUUCUCCUAGAUGUGAACUUUUCUGCUAAACUUGCUAACCUUCAUUUAUCAUGCAAACUUCCAGCUGGAGUUCCUGUCUAUGCCACCCAUGUUACUAAUGAUAUAAUUGGAACAUGUGGUUAUAUCGACCCGGAGUAUUUGAAAAAGGGACAGCUUAGUGUAAAAAAUGAUGUUUAUAGCUUUGGGGUAGUGUUGUGUGAGCUUCUAUCAUCAAAGCUGGCAAAAUACUGGGUUCUAAACGAGGAGGAUAAUCUUGCUACCCUUUUAAGCAGAAAAAUUGAAAACCAAGCGUUGGUGGAGCUGUUGGAUCCAAGACUUGGCUUCCAAUCAAACCUUAAGAUCAAGUGGAUGAUGACUGCUACAGCUGAGCUUGCACUUUUGUGCAUGAAAUGUCCACAAGAAUUAAGGCCAAGCAUGGAACAGGUGCUAGAGAUUCUCAAUGGCAUAAAGCAGGGGAGACAUGAAACAAACACAACAAAAGCUUUGAAAAUCUUCCACCCUGCUGAACUCGAAGAGGCUACUAACAACUUUGAUACUUGCCUUGGAAAGGGAGGCUAUGGCACCGUGUACUAUGGAAAACUUAAGGAUGGACGAGAGGUUGCAAUAAAAUGUUUCCAUGACGAGAGUGCGACAGAAAAGACUAUUAAGCAAUUCAUGCAAGAAACUGAGAUCUUGGUUCUGUUGCACCAUCAAAAUCUGGUUUUACUUUAUGGCCGCACUUCUCGCCAUAGCAACAAACACAUGCUAGUGUACGAGUAUAUCUCCAAUGGCACUCUUUCUAAACAUCUUCAUGAAUCUUCGUGUGGCAAACUACCAUGGCAUACUAGAUUGAACAUAGCCAUCGAAACUGCAACUGCCUUGGUAUAUCUUCAUGACUCGGGCGUCAUCCACCGAGAUGUGAAAGGGAGUAAUAUUCUGUUGGAUGAAAACUUUUCUGUUAAAGUUGCCGAUUUUGGAUUCUCACGGUCUCUUCCAGAUCAUGUCACUCACGUUUCCACUAUUCCUGUAGGAACUCGUGCUUACAUAGAUCCUGACUACUAUGAAUCUGGAAGGGUCAGUGACAAAAGUGAUGUCUAUAGUUUUGGGGUGGUAUUGUUGGAACUUAUAUCUUCCAACCCCCCAAUUUUAUUGGAAGGCACAGAAUAUGUUACUCGUGCACAGUUUGCAAAGGGAAAAAUCUUAAACAAGGAAUUAAACGCGGUAGUGGAUCCAAGCUUUUGGUUUGGUGUUGACAGAAACAUGAUGGAAAUGAUAACGGCAGUAGCAGAGUUAGCAUUUCAGUGUGUGCAGUGUCCCAAGGAACUCAGACCAUCCAUGAAACAGGUUGUAGACACCCUUGAGGGCAUUAGGAAAGGAACAUGGGGAUUCAACCAGAUAACAUAG